AUGAGUAAAAGAUUCAAUGGAUCGAGACUUCUACAGCAAGAUUCAGAAGGUCAUUUAUUCCUCUCGACGCCUUCGAUCUGCAGCGCUAGGAUUGUGAGGCAAUAUUUUCAAACAGGUGCACUUCCAGAAAGUGGAACAGUAUGCCCUGUGUAUGAUAGAGCAUUUGGCUUAUCUGGCGAGGGACGUUCAACUACCAUGAAAUAUAGCGAUGAAAUUUUGCUUAAGGCUUUGAGGGCUAUAGCCACUAGUAUGCGGUGA